CGUUAACUUUGCAAACAGCAGUUUUUGUCUGAAGGGAAAUCGGAAAUGCAUCUGAUGAUCAAGAUUUUUUAUUUCUCAUUCCGUGUUGAUUAGUUAAGCCGCUAAUAUGCAUGUUGCGGGGUGGUGUUGAAAAGACGGGGACUGAAAUUACACUCUUAAUUCUGAUUGGAUAAAGAACAUUACUAACUAAUAGCAGCAUAUUUAAACAGGUUAUGUCAUGCUUAUGCGAAAAAGAUUUUAUCUAACUUGAUAGAAAAGACUCAUCUUUUUUUGUUAUUGUUUAUUUUUUCCUCUUUUGAUCUAUAGAAAUAGGCUUGUGGGAAAUAAUUUUUGUUGAUUGAUUCAAUAUAUCGGGUCUUUCCUCGAAUUAAUUGUUCUGAUUAAAGUACCUCUUAAAUUUAAUUGCGCCAGCAUCUACCGAAUUCAUUCCAAUUUACUGUCUGGCUAGAUUUUUAACGGAGGAAAUCUGUCGAAACUGAAACAGAAUUUCAUUUUGUGUCUCCAUAUCUGACGUUCUUGUCAAGAUAGGUUAUUUGAGGACCCACAUAAAUUGUAAAUCAUUUGGUCUUAUAAGUUUCAUGUUAAAUUAUUGAAUUCUUCCAUUAGCAAAAACCUUGGCCUUAAAUUUUUCGUACAAAUGAGUUCGAUUUGUACCAAUUUUUGGUCUGUUUUCCUAGCUAUAUUAGUGAUUAAUUGUCUUAUAUCGACUGUCUGUGCUAGAUCUUUACCACAUUACCUGCCUAGUCAACUGUCUGAAAGUACAUCAAGAGUGGUUAAAGAAGUGUUGACUGGACCAGCCUGUUCUUCGGUUGUCGUAUCUGACGAGACUCAAGACAACAGGAGACACACAGUGCAAGUAGCGGCACUCGAAUGUUCCGAGGGCACGGUACAAUGGAUGUACCCGAGAGGACAGAUCCAUCUAUCAGUCAGACCAAAGCCCUCCAUCUUCACACACCAUUACAGCAGUAGCACACCAGGGGACAAGUCACUCUCGAACUUACUAGCAUCGAGAAGCUCAGCGCCUAAUGAGUUGCUGAGCUCCUUCGAUCGAAACGAAGAUGAAAAUUCGGGUAGACAGCCGAAGAUGACUCUCCAAGAACAGAACUCGAACCAAAAUGCGAACUCCGAAUACGAACAUGGGAAAAGUUUUGAUGCUGUGAGAGUUUGCUUGAGAGUGCGGAACAGUCCGAGUUCAAGUCGGCAUCCUGCGCUUCAAGAUGAUGUUGCAAUAGUUUUGUCAAAUGGUCGUAAAAUGUCACCUGUCAGAGUCAGAGAAGCUGCGAGGAAGCGAGAACUGAUUUGUGAGACUCUCGUUGUGAAUCUUGACUUGAAUCCUGCCGUGUACACGUUCAGAAUUCAGCAUCACAAUCUUGGAGCCGGAAUGAAAACUGAGUGUACUAGCUGCCAAACUAGUAAUGUCCAUUCUAAUUCCAACGAGUCUUCAGUUAUAUUAGACUAUUUUGUUAAAUGGAUCUGAAAGUGAAAGAUUUGCGAUGAAUAUACUCCUGGUUACUAACUAAUCAGCAACCGGACAAUGUCAGAAUAGAAUAUCGAAGGUCCACGAUAAAUGAAGCUUUGAUUAAUGGCAACCAUGUUUUUGCUUAGCCACCUAAUAACAUUAUCGGUGCUAUUCGUUUCGAUAAAUAGUUUAAGAAAUAGAAUUAAUUUUGUAUUUUA